GCGCUCAGUGCCACUGUGCUCUCCCGGAGCCUCUGCUGACCCGGAAGUUUUCCCUCCACUUAAAAGCGUCGGUCUGCGCUGCGCGGCCUCUUCCUGUCUGUACGAGUGUGGCGCGUGGUGCACGCGGAGCGACCGAGACUCCCCAGCUGUGCUCUCAGGAUGACGGAGUGGGAGACAGCCGCACCUGCAGUGGCAGAGACCCCGGACAUCAAGCUCUUCGGGAAGUGGAGCACUGAUGAUGUGCAGAUCAAUGACAUUUCCCUGCAGGAUUACAUUGCGGUGAAGGAGAAGUAUGCCAAGUACCUGCCCCACAGUGCAGGACGCUAUGCUGCCAAGCGCUUCCGCAAAGCACAGUGCCCCAUCGUGGAGCGCCUCACUAACUCCAUGAUGAUGCAUGGCCGCAACAACGGCAAGAAGCUCAUGACUGUGCGCAUCGUCAAGCAUGCCUUUGAGAUCAUCCACCUGCUCACUGGUGAGAACCCUCUGCAGGUCCUGGUGAAUGCCAUCAUCAACAGUGGCCCCCGGGAGGAUUCAACGCGCAUUGGGCGAGCUGGCACAGUGAGAAGGCAGGCUGUGGACGUGUCCCCACUGCGCCGCGUGAAUCAGGCCAUCUGGCUGCUGUGCACAGGGGCCCGUGAGGCAGCCUUCCGGAACAUCAAGACGAUUGCUGAGUGCCUGGCAGAUGAGCUCAUUAAUGCUGCCAAGGGCUCUUCUAACUCCUACGCCAUCAAAAAGAAAGACGAGCUGGAGCGUGUGGCCAAGUCCAACCGCUGAUUUCCCGGCUGCUGACCAAUAAACUGUCUUCCCUUGGGGACAGCUGUA